UUGGAGGUACUGUCUCCUUCUACACAGUUGACCGAAUGAGUGUUGUUGACUAUCUUUCGGUAACAACACCAAGUGAUUUAAAAUUUAUCCUAAGAGCACCGCCUCUGUCUUACGUAAACAAUCUCUUCACUUUGCCUUUCGAUACAAAAGUUUGGUACUGCCUGUACUUCAUUGUUGGAGUUACAGUUUUAAUUUUGUAUGUAAUUGUUCGCUGUGAAAGUACGUACGAAAACGCCUUAGAAAGACGAAACAACAUUGACAACAUCAAACCAAAAUUCUUCGAUGUUGUUAUGCUCCAAAUUGAAGCCAUAACCCAGCAAGGAUCAGAAAACGAACCCAAAACAAUGUCUGGACGAAUUGCCGUUUUUAUCGUAUUCUUAGUCUUGAUGUUCUUGUACACUUCGUAUUCAGCAAACAUUGUUGUGCUUUUACAAUCAACGUCCGCAAACAUCAACACAUUACAAGACUUGCUCAACUCAAAAAUAACUUUAGGGGUUGAAGAUGUGGUUUACAGCCACCAUUAUUUUGAGACGCAAACCGAAUUUACGAGAAAAUCAAUUUAUGAAAAAAAAGUCGCUCCCAAGAAUCAAAAAUCGAAUUUUAUGACGACAGAAAUGGGGAUUGAAAAGAUGAAAGAUGAGUUUUUUGCCUUCCAUGUUGAAACAACAGCUGGAUACAAACAAAUUAUGGAUACGUUUCAAGAACAUGAAAAAUGUGGUUUGAUUGAAAUCGAUUAUUUGAAUGUUUUGUAUCCAAGUAUUACGAUAAGGAAAAAUUCGCCCUAUAAAGAGAUUGUCAAAGUUAAUUUUAGAAAAAUCUACGAAAGUGGGAUACGUCAUCGGCAAUUGAACCGAAUUUACUAUAAGAAACCACACUGUGUGGGCAAAGGAGGUAGUUUUAAAAGCGUCGGAAUUGUCGACAUUUAUUUUUCUGUAGAAAUUUUUGCUAUUGGAUGUUUUAUGGCAUUAUGGUUGUUAUUGCUUGAAGUAUUAUUCAAAAAGAAAAUCAAAUUUCUAGUGCAGACAACACUUUCAAGAGAUAAUUUAUAACCAACAAACAAGCAAACUAAACUUCAAUUUUUUUAUUUCCUUGAAGUAGAUGCAGGCUGAGUCUGUUAUAAGUACCAAUUUUUUUAGUUUAUCUACUGGGUGUUAGGGAAUGGUCUCCCAAGAAUUUUAGGGUGCGUUUAUGAAGCAAAAUGUGUCGAAAACCUUUAUACAAUUUUUUGAUAAAACAAAUUAAAAAAUAUAAACGUGACAUUAGUCGCGAAAGUUUGUCAGAAAAUAAUUAUUGUUCGUUUUUUUGUUGCUAACUAGCAAACUCUUCUUAACAAAUCGAUUACUUGUAUUCAUUAACUCAACAAUCAAAUUAUACAGAAGCUCUCAAACAUUGGGUCCGAUUUUAAAUUAGUUAUUUUUGUGUAAACCAUUCAUGUAAGGAAAAAAUGAUAUAAAGGUUUUCGCUCCCAUUUUGCCUCAUAGACUCAUCUUGAAAUUCUUGGGAGACCAUUCCCUAACACCCUGUAUAAUAAUAAUAAUAAAAGAGAAAUGAGCGUUUUUGUGAAUUUAUUUUCUUUAUGCAUAGGAUUUUUUUCUACACUUUGUUAUAAUGAAUAAUUAUUUGCAUCAUCAGUUAUGAAAAUUCGAUUUUGUUUAACAAGCAUAAUGUUUGCCAAAUCAAGUGAGCGCACCGAACAAGUUUUGCAAAUUAUACGAGUUAAACAAUAA